AUGUCAAAAAAUAUAUCUAGCUCCACGGGAGCAGAAAUUACCGGUGUGGAAUCGGAACACUCUAACUCUCAAGACAAUUAUUUAGAAUCAGAUCAAUCGGCUCUAAACGCCGCCCAAACAAAGUGGGAAACAUGUGUCGUCGAUGCCAAGGAGCUCACAAAGGAGAUCGCUGCAUUGGUGGCUCGGGUGCAUGAUCUCAAAGCAAAUCAGUCAAAAAUAUAUGCUGAAGAAGCUGCCUGUUUAAAUGAGCUUUCCAAGAACAAAAAACUCGUCUCCGAGCUUUACAAUAAUAUCAAGGCAAUUACUGAUUUUGAGUCCAAAAAUGAGCUGCUCAUUACUGCGGAAAACAUUUCAACAGAACUUGCAAAUCUUUCGCACAUGUUUCCACACGAGCCAUCGUAA